AAACAUAAACAAAAAAAAGUGAGUGAGAGAGAGAGAGAGAAGUAUCUAUGUUUGUUGUCUUGAAAAGUUCAGCUGCUUCUGGGGUUCUUUGCUUUCAAGUUUUGCAUUAAAAUAUUAUAAUUUUUCUGAAAAAGCUCGCCGAUCUUGUCCUCUUUGUCUUCCUUGCCGUAAGAAUUUGGCUUCAGCAUCUUCAAAUAAGGAGGAAUUUCUGUUUUGUUUGAAGAUAUUAUAGUUUGUAUACUAUAGACUGCUACUAAUUGGAGAUUUCUUAAUUGAGAUUAAGAAAAAAGAGAAAACUCAGUUCAAAGAUGGGUUAUAUAUGUGAUUUUUGUGGAAACCAGAGGUCCAUGGUGUACUGCCGAUCUGAUGCUGCGUGCUUAUGUUUGUCAUGCGAUCGAAAUGUUCAUUCCGCUAAUGCCCUUUCCAGGCGUCAUUCGCGGACUCUUUUAUGCGAGAGAUGUAAUUCACAACCUGCCUUUGUAAGGUGUGCUGAAGAGAAAAUUUCACUUUGCAAGAAUUGUGAUUGGUUAGGUCAUGGUACCUCUACAUCUUGUUCAACACAUAAUAGGCAACCAAUCAGCUGCUAUUCUGGCUGCCCUUCAGCGGCAGAACUGUCUUCUAUGUGGUCAUUUGUGUUGGAUAUCCCUUCAUUGAGUGAAUCUACAUGUGAGCAAGAACUAGGAUUAAUGAGUAUUAAUGAGAACAGCAACAAGACUUCUUGGAUUCCUCCAGAAAACCAGAAUGCUUCUCGUUCAGAUAAAGUUACUGAUGCACCUGGUAUGGAUAAGUCUUGGGUUUGUACAUCUUCAAUGCCCGAGUCAAGCUCAGAACCUCGUAUUCUGGACCAGCCAGCUGGACCUGCCAAUGAAUUUAUGCCAAAGUUAUACUGUCCUGCUACCAAAUGCCCUGCACUAUGUGAAGAUGAUGAUCUGUAUGCUGAUUUCAACAUGGAUGAAGUGGAUCUAAAUCUUGAGAACUACGAAGAACUUUUUGGUAUGUCCCUCAGUCAUUCUGAGGAACUUUUUGAAAAUGGUGGCUUUGAUAGCUUGUUUGGGACAAAGGAUAUGUCUGCUGCAGAUUCCAAUUGUCAGGAUGCUGUUGCUGCUGAGGGGUCAUCAGUUGGACUGGUCAAUCCAUUGCAACCAGCAUGCAGCAAUGCAGCAUCUGCAGAUUCCAUAUUGAGCACUAAAACUGAACCAGUUCUUUGUUUUACGGGAAGGCAAGCCCAAUCAAACCUUUCUUUUACUGGCAUUACUGCAGAGAAUAAUGCUGCAGAAUCUCAAGAUUGUGGGGCUUCUUCGACGCUUUUUAUGGGAGAACCUCCUUGGUUUACUCCUUGUCCUGAGAAUUCCCUACAAUCUGCUAACCGCUGUAAUGCUGUCAUGCGUUAUAAGGAAAAGAAGAAGACACGCAAGUUUGACAAAAGAGUGAGGUAUGCCUCUCGCAAGGCAAGAGCCGAUGUCAGAAGGCGUGUCAAGGGCCGGUUUGUCAAAGCCGGUGACAUGUAUGAUUAUGACCCUUUGAGCCAAACCAGAAGCUACUGAGUAUAUACAACUUUUAACCAUGUUUUAUAAAAGGAAAGAAACAGUCAUAUAGUUGCAAAAGAAAACACUGAAAAAUGGAUGAAAUUUGAUGCUUCUUUCUCCAUGCAAUCAAUGACAAUCUGUCUGAUUUUGUAACAGGGGCCUAGAUUUUCUUCAAGGAGGAAAAGGGGUGUAACAAAGAUGUGUUCAACAGCGUUAAGCUCAAGAGCUGAUUCUCUAUUCUUCACUGCAAAGUAUAUCCAACUUAUGAUGUCAUUUGACAUGACAUUAUCACAAAGUGCACCCUUCAGGCUAUGGUGAUUGGAUUGCCUUUCUGAUAAACUUGGCAAAUUCUGCUUCUAAAUUCUUCUCUGAGAAUUCAAAAGUCUUCUAAGUUCUUUGGCCUUAACCAUGUUCCAUGUUUGUCAUGUGGUUAUGUAAACUUCCCCUCUGCUCUGGUCACAUGUAGCAUGCCUUAGAUGGCAUGAUAAGUGACUUCAUUUGACAGUUCCAUAUAAACUAUUCGAUUGUAUAUUGUAAUAUUUUUGCCUCUUCUCUUUGACAUGUAUAGCACACAAUCUACAUGUUUGCAGUUAGAUGUAUAAUUGCCCAACGG